GCACAUAUGUAAGCCCUGCUUUGCCUGUCCGAGAUAUACAGGGGAAAUAGUGUAUUAUAUUAAACGAGUAAAUAUAGAACUGCCAGGAGCCUGAGAUCAGAAUGUGUGACGAAGCACCCAUUUGCGACUGUGAGCCGAGCACCUCGAGUCUGCCCUUCAACACCUAUCACAUCCACUUGCCGCUCUACAUCAUGGACAUGGUGCGCGUCUUUCAGGAUCAUCCGGACUACGUCGAUGGCAUACAGGAGACUACUAUCGUUGAGAUGCUAAGAAAGGAACCAUUCGCCUGUGGCGAUCUGGAAGCUCAGGUAAAGACCGCAAUGAUAGACCUCCAUGCCAAGGGAUUCGUGCGUUAUAUUGGCAAUGGUUUUCGCACCCUGGGACCCAUUGCAAAGCUGUCGAAUUCCCGAUCUGCGCGUCACUUCAACCAGACCUGGCAGCGCAUUGCCGCCCUGCAGAAGCCCCACGGUGCCUGCCUGGAGGAUUCCACCAGCACUGGCAAUAGCCCUCAGCCAGGGUCCAGCUGCUAAGCAUGGACGGAGAGCAUUCAACUCUCCCUAAAUACAUUUAUUGCGUUGCUUGUUUCGUUUAAUGAGUUGAGUUUCUACAACAUAAGCAGACAAUUUUACACCCAACCAAACAGCUAUCCAAAUUGUAUCCGUGUAGUAAAAUUCGUGCUAAGAAGGCCGCCAGCCAGCAAA